CACCUGUUUCCAUUUGGCUUGGUACACUCAUGACUUUUGUGGCAGUGCGACGAGAAGCGUAACCGACAGCGUCGAAGAACUGAACACUUUUAACUUGAACGUCGUGCUUGAGCCGAACGGGCCGACACUCAGCAUGGCAGACUGGAAGAUCCCAGUUAACUACAACUACAACCCGUCCUACCACGCGUACGCAUAUGGGCUCAUGUACCAAACCGGAUCAGAGCAAAAUAACUCAAACUUACCGGGCUGGGCCGAGGCCGCGUACCAAACGGGGGCUAAUGGAGGCUACUAUUCGAAUCCGCAGCUCGCGGCGCCGCAGCAAGAAUCGCCACCCCGGAGCCCAGAAUACGUCGCUGUAAAUAACGUCCAUUACCCGGGACCGAGUGUCCUGUAUUUUGGCGACUCUCACAUGCAGACCGGGCGCCUUUUCCUGCCCCACAACCGGACCGAACUUGAUGAAAGGACUAAAGUUGAGCACGUAAAUAGCGACACCCCAACAAGUGAUUCUGAGGCUCACACAUCGCCAGACUCUUGGAGUUCAGGGAGCAACAGAGGUUUUGUUCCUCAGACCCACCCUGCCGACUGGAGGCCGGACGACCCGGGCGAUGAGACAGACGGCGGGAGCCCCGGAAACGUAUCCAGCUCUCUCCCUGAAGAAGACCCGACUCCUCCGGGCGGCGAGGCGGUCAGUAACCCCGGGCCCGUUCCCCAGUCGACAUCGAAGACGAAACCCAAGGCUCGGGCGGCCUUCUCCGAUAGCCAAAUGACGGCCCUGACCCACCGGUUCAGCAUCCAGAGAUACCUCACCCCGGUGGAGAUGAAAACAAUGGCUAGGCUGACCGGGCUGACGUACAAACAGGUGAAGACCUGGUUCCAGAACCGCAGGAUGAAGCUGAGGAGACACCAGAAGGACAACAGCUGGGUGUCUGAGAGGUACACAGGGCCAGCGGGCUACCCCAGCACCCCCACGGGCCCAGCGGGCUACCCCAGCACCCCCACAGCCAACCAGUUUCCAGCCGGUGCUCAGACUCCAGACUACUACACACAGCCCAUGAGGGAAGCAGGCCAGGGCGUCUCCAAGCUGCCCUACUACUCCGGCCCUGCGGCCUACCCUGCCCCUCCUCCCCCCUCCCCUCAGCCAGGGCCCCGCUCCCUGGCCCCCUGCUGGCCUCGGCCCCCUGCCGUCACCCACUACCAGUACAACCCCCCCGGCUACACCCCCGCGGAGUCUGUCUCCAUCACCAGCAUGAACAGAGACAAGGAGAACCCUGUCCUCCCCAGCCCCCCACACGGGGGGCCCGAGGCCGGCCUCUAGACACAAGGAACACCACGCAUUUCCUUUUUGUAUUGUUUUUUUGCCUUGUAAAGUUUCCAUGGGCUGUUUACAAUGUGUCAGUAGAUAUGCCGUCUCUUCAACGGAGUGUUAGUGGUGGUAUCAUGAGCUAGGAGUUUUUAAUUGAUUGUUCAUAUCUUUUUAUAUUUGUAUACCAUGUCUAUCAAAGUUCUUACCAGAGUAUUUAUAGUGGAUGUGUUCUCUGCAGUGUGCUUGGAGCAGCUUGCUUAAUGCCAUUCUAUCUAGACUUGUACCAAGAGCUGCCACACAUCUGAUGUGUACACAUCUUACUGUACUGUGUACACAUCUUACUGCACUGAAUGGUUGUCAUUCCAAGUCCCGUAGGUGAAAGAGCUUCUCUCCUUUCAGCUUAACAGGUUUUUAUUUGGGUUGGCUUUUUUUUAAUACAAACCCUGAUUGGUUUCCCUUUUGUUGGAAACAGUUUUAAAUAAACAUAAAUGGUUUUGGCCUGGUGUUCAUAAGAUCUGAUUUGGAAUGUAUUUUUUAACUAUAUAAAAUGGGAACUGGGCUCACUUUUGGGUAUGAACUUUGGGGUAUUUCCUUUCAAAUAAAUGCCUGUUAACUGAUAUUUUAUCUGACUGUUUUUGUAA